GCUGUUGGUAACCGGAUUUUUGCGCGUCCACGAACGCUGCUAAAUACGCGAGCCAACAGCAUGCCGGGGAAAAGGAAGCGUGGCUGCCGCGCGGGCCGGCGAGUAAAAGCAAGAAAGCUGAAGCUCCUUGAGGAACAGUUUCUGCAACAAGUGUUUGGACCAGAAAUUGUGACCUUAGAUAGUGAAUCGGACACUGGGACGUCAUCACGCGAAGUGCCGUUGUUCAGUUAUGACAUUUUGGACACAAGAGGUGCCAUAAAAGUGUACAAUCACCGAGAAGUGCCAGACGAAAACGAGUGGUCGUGUCCACCCUCGGUAAACGAAUUCUGCCGUCAACAUGCCAUCGCAACCGGCUGGGACUCAGAAAACGACGCCGAUGGAACUCCGUUCGAGACAGAGCUGAUGAGUGAAGACGAAAUGGCCAUGGUGCAAAAACAACAAAUCGAGAAGGAGAGGCGCCUUCGAGAGGAAGCCAGAAUGCUUGACAGCGAGAGACGGGAGCUGGAGGAAGCUCGCCUACGGAACGAAGCGGUGUUAGCAAAAAUCCGGAAAGCUGAAAAGAACCAAGGGGCGAUACCGAAGAAAAGUGAUAUUCUCGAAGAACCACCCGCAGAGAUGGAGGUGCCAAGUGUUGCCGUUGCCAGUGAAUCCGUCAGUUACACCCUUAACGAAGCGCUUAUUAUUGGACACUUGAGUGGGCACGCCGCCGCCGCCGUGGAGGACGAAGAGAUCGACACCGUCGCGGAGCUGUGCAACACCCUAAAGGACAUCUUCGGACCACAACGAACAGUCGACUACUACCGCGGUGAAUUAGCCAGUAUCUACAUGAAGAACG